UUUCACAGACCAUUGUAAGCAGUCAGAGAGGCAAACAGUGAAGUGCAGAGGAGAGCAACAGGCAGUCGUCUCCAGAGAGAGCCUGAGAGCAAUGCUCAGUCCACUGACAACAACUCAACAUCCGGACAGUAAGGAAGAGGGAGGUUUUUCAUACUGCAGCCUGCCCUGGGGCCUCAGAAAUCAUCUGCCUUCCUCACAGAUAUGCCUGCACCACAUACUGAACCAAGGACAAAGUUUCUUCACUGCAUGUAGUCUGACUUGCUCAUGGACACUAUAAGUCCCCUAUGCCAUACCAUCUUUAACCUGCUGGAUCAAGGGAUUCAAUUUGGAGUUUCACUGUCCACAAGUUUCUAGGAAGUCUUGGAAGUUGUUUUCCAUGCAAAUCUUGUCAAUAUGCUGCCUGUUGUUUUCGUGACAUGGUGGGUCUGGGUGUUGCUUGGAACCGUAGGGGGACAGUCUCAAUCUCAGCAUCAGUCUCAGACUGAGGACUCAAACCCCUGGAGACAGAUGAUUCAAUGGGAGAACAAUGGACGUGUGUACAGUCUUCUCAACAGCGGGGCUGAAUACGUCCCAGCUCGGGCUCAGGAGCGUAACAGGAACCACCGAGUGCUACUAGCGGACGCUCCCAACAGUAGAUCACAGGGUGGGAAUGUACGGAGACAAGCACCCUCAAGAGGAAGCUCUGAGACUGUGAGAGGCCAAGCCAGACACCCGUUUGGCUUUGGCCAGGUGCCGGACAACUGGCGUCAGGGUGCAGCUGGGACAGGUGAAACAAGUCGAUUCCAGUCAUCUACCGGCUCUCGUUUUAGACAAUCCUCUGGCUCCUCCUCCUCAUCAUCAUCCUCUUCUUUUCAUGCACAGUAUCCGGUCCCUCAACAGCCACCUUAUGCUGCUCCUUAUGACUCCGUUUUGGACAGGUCAUAUGAACCUCCCUUCCAUGGAACUGGGCACUCCACGGGCACUGGUGGUGGCUUCGCCAGAGGAGGAUAUGGAGGGGGUGGGUACUCUGCCACCAGUUUUGGAGGAGGAAGCUAUAAUGGAGGGGGUCCUGCAACCGAUGAGAGGUAUCGUUACUAUUCCCCUUACGGUCAAACCUACCCUGUUGCUCCUGCCCAACCUGCACAGCCACAAAUCUCCGAUGGAUUGGAUCACAGAUACACGCACAGCCUGUACAACGAGGACUCUCGAGAUAGCGGUAAUGCUGCACUACCUGUCUCUAAUGGUGCCUCAAGCAACACAGGCUCAUCCUUCCAGCCUGCAGUGCAAAGCCCCCAAUACGAACAAUUUCCACCCUUUGGAAGGCCCCAGCCACAGCCUCCGUUUAUACAACCACCUCCUCGCAACCCUCUCGUCUCCAACAAUGCAGAGAGCCCUAACAUGAAUGCAGGGAGUGUUUAUCGUCCUCAGCAAAGAGGUUUGCCUGACCUGGUUCCUGACCCCAACUAUGUCCAAGCCUCCACAUACGUUCAAAGAGCCCAUAUGUACUCCUUACGCUGUGCAGCAGAGGAGAAAUGUUUGGCCAGCUCUGCUUACAGUGCUGACGCCACAGACUAUAGCGUCAGGGUUCUUCUGCGCUUCCCUCAGAGAGUGAAGAACCAAGGGACGGCUGAUUUCAUGCCCAACCGACCUCGUCACACCUGGGAGUGGCACAGCUGUCACCAGCAUUACCACAGUAUGGAUGAGUUCAGUCACUACGAUCUGUUAGAGGUCAGCUCUGGCCGGAAGGUGGCCGAGGGACACAAGGCCAGUUUCUGUCUGGAGGACACGACCUGUGACUUUGGACAUCUGAAGCGUUACGCUUGUACUUCACAUACACAGGGUCUCAGUCCAGGUUGCUAUGACACAUACAAUGCAGAUAUCGACUGCCAGUGGAUUGACAUCACUGAUGUUCAGCCAGGAAACUAUAUACUCAAGCUCCAGGUGAACCCAAAGUACUUGGUGCACGAGUCGGACUUCACCAACAAUGUCGUCCGGUGCAACAUCCACUACACGGGCCGCUUCGUCAAAACAACAAACUGCAAAAUCUCCCAGUCAUGAUCUGUCAGAUCUGGAUGAAUCUCUAUCGAAGCGCUGUUCCAUUGCAAUGUGAAUGGUGUCGCUGUGAUUGAUUAUUGUAUUUGUCUUGGUUCCCGUUUAUCGUGAACCUGGAUUCAGCUGGCGCCUAGAGGAAUGAGCACACAUACGGUCACCCUCACACACAGCCGACAAACGUCUGUUUUCUUUCCCGUUAUCCCUGGCUUUUCAUAAAAACACACACGUGCUGCGCCCAAUUAGGUCUAAUUCCUUCACCAUUUUUAUGUGGGUCACAUUGCUGGAAUGCAAAGUGAGAUUAUUGAACUGCAAUUCCAUAAUUUAGAUCAGGAAAAUCAGCAACUGGAAACAAUCCUUGUGUUUUCCCAAGCCUCUCUCUCUUUGUCUGUGCCACUUCAGCGAAGGUGCAAUACUGAAAACGGCGUAUGAGAGAUCAGCCAGCCUGUCAAUCAUCCUCCAGCUCACCAAUUAAGUCAAAAGUGGUUUUAGUUUGAAUGAAGGCCCUGGGAAAAAAAUUAAAUGGCUUUGGGAUUAAAGCACUUUGAAUAAAAGCCUUGAAUCCAAAAGCUGGAAGCAGUUUAUCAAGCUGUUUUUACCUUGGAGGCUUAUUAUAGUCUUUUACUUAACCUGCUGCAAUUUACAUUAAAUUAGCUUGUAAUGUUGCCUUGUAUGUCAGUCCACUGAUAGUUCUAUAAUACAAACUCGACUUUACUUGAGACGUCGCCCUACGAGCUGUGCCAGUGUGGAUCAAUGAUGUUUAGUGAUUAGAGGAAUAUUCUGGGUUCAAUACAAGAAUUAACCGCAUGAUUACAGCAACAAAUAAUGUCUAAAUCAAGGUUACAGUGAGGCGCUACAAUGGAAGUAAAUGGGUCCAAUUUCUUGAUUGUUUAAAAGCAAAAAUAUAACGAUUUUCACUUCAUAAAAGCACUUAUAUGCUUCUGUUAAAAAUUGUGCAUUGUUUUAGCUAUAAAUCUGUUUAAGUUAUCAUUUCUACAGUUAUUUUAGGAUUUAAAACAUUGUUGUGUCAAGUGAUUUUCUUUAGUAAUUUUUUUUUCCACACGAAAAUCAUAUUAACACUGCAAAGAAAUAUUUUCUUAUUUAGUAUUUUUAUCUUGUUUUCCAGUACAAAUAUCUUAACAUUCUUAAAUCAAGAUGAGUUUGUGCUUAAAAUAAGAAUGAAUAUCUGCCAAUGGGGUCAGACAAAUAAACUUCAGAAAAGAAAACAAGAUUAUUUUUUGACCGCACUGACAGAUAUAUAUAUAUUUUUUUUAUUAUUAUUGUUUUAAGCAUGAAGUCACAAAAUUUCCAUAUUUUUUUCAGUACACAAUACUUAAUUAUGGAAGCUUGUUUCUGCCGCUAAAUAAAAAUAAAAAAGGUAAUUGCAACUUUUUAUCUCACAAUUCUGACUUAUUUUCUCGCAAUUGUGAGUUUUU